AUGGCGUUCCAAGGUGUUUCAAGGGAUAUUUUUGACAGUUGGAAUGAAGUUGGUUUGGUUUACACUCGAAACAAAUAUGGCCGAGUUUCCGCGCCUUCGGGUUAUAAGAUAACGGACAAAAAUGAUUGCUCUUACAAAAUAAGUCUCUUCAAAGGUAUGCAAUAUACUGAGUGAAAGAAAUUUUAAUAGUUCGUCAUGUGAGCAUUAACAAUUGACGCCGAUAAAGCUUACCUUGGUGUUUAAACAUGUAGCAAGUUAGAUCAGCUGGGCCGAGUUGUUCAAAGCUGGGUUAACCCCGGGUUAGUGCGAAAUUUGAAUUCAGAUAUGAAAGCUUAAAAAGUAAAUUCAGUUUAAUUCUUGUUGUCAACAAGUUGAUAAUUGGAUGCUCUUAAACAUAACAGAGAAAAUUAUCCGAGAAAAUACUUUUGAGCAAAAGAAAAAGAAACCCAGGUUAAAUUUAACCCUGGGUUAAGGUGAUUCCUUAGUAAAAGAACCUAACAUAGAUUGUAGAUGAAACUUGGUACACUGAUGUAACAAGUCAAGAAGAUGUCACCGUGCUCGUUUUGACGUCACAAUGUUGACAAAUACAGCUAUUUAGGACCCUUUUACAAAAACUGAGGGCAGCCCAAAACUAGACAAAAAGGAGAGAUUUUUUCGAUGAUGCAUGUGGUAUCGCACAGAAUUUGACUUUAAUGUAUUGUUUAUCCACCUACGUACCAGAAAAAUGCCUUUUAAUGCCCUUGUUUUUACUUUAUGCUCCAAAGUAGAAUUAAAUUGGACACUCGCUUUUCGACCCGUUAUAGCUCAAUCCGUACAAUUUAGUAAAAUUGCCAAAAAACUGAACAUAGAUUUGUGCCAAUUUUUUUCUCAUCGAAAGGAAGCACUGUCUUUAUUAAAAUCCUGAAAUAAAAAAUGGGGGUCACCAUACUUGUUUUUGCGGUAGAGCUGCAGAAAGUGCGCACCAGAUGCAUUUUCUCCGAUUUUUGAGAGAGGACUGGGGUGAGUUUCAAAAUUGAAUGUAUGUGAAAGGGGGAAGAAAGUAUUAAAAAAUCUAUUUUUACAGAAUUUACAUCGAGAUAUCACAUUUAGGACACAAUGUGAUAAAGGAAGUGUUUAAAUGAAAAUUAAAGUGAGUAAGCACAAGUUAAACAUCCACUAUCAAGGUUCUUCGAGAGGAAGUCGAACUCAGCAACACGCGUACUGCUUACGUUAUGCAAAUUACCAACACAUUGAGUCUCACCUCGGCAAGAAACAACAGCGAGCAAAAAUUCCAAUAGCGUUUCUCUUCAGUCAACUUCAUUUUAAUAAUGUUACUUCACAUGCUCUUUUUUAUGGUGGCCAUCUUGUUAUGCGCAGUAAGAGAUGCAUAGUGCAAAACCAGGGAAUCACCUUAAGCGCUAAUCGGCCUUCAAACAACUGGGCCCAAUCAGCGGGUUAAAUGUGGGACAACCAUUUCUCGUCCACGGACCUGGGGUAGACUAGAUAAUGACAAUAAUCCUUGAAAUAGUUCGUAGGUGAGAUACAGAUUGAAACAAAAAUAAAGAGAUGAGGGUCCCAAUAAUGACAGGCCUAAGCUCUGCCACCAUACUCGCAGAGGAAAUUUUAUAGCUUCUCAAUCAUGGUGUUAGUCUCUAGGGGAUCUUUCAAAGGUGCCCUUUUUAAAAUGUACCUCCCAUAAUUACAAGGCAAAAGUUCUUGUAAUUAGAUGGUUGCACAUGCACAGCUGUUUCAAAACAUGAAAGAGGUAUGUUAUCUUCAGAGCUCAGAAAAAUAUGCUGUGGCUAUAUGCCCGGCAGCCGGGAAGGGUCUUAAAAAAACUAAAUGCGAUUGGAAAAAGGGAUUGUUCAGAAAUUCUAGAAAAUGAUUUUCUGACUGCCGAGCAUUUAGUUUUUUAAGACCCCUCCCAACUGCUGGGCAUAUAGCCACAGGGAAAAAAAUUACAUGAAUUCCAGCUUUUCCUUUGGGCAAGUGAAAUGGGCAUUCUAAUUUGAACACAGGAACAUUCUUAUUAUUUAUUUUAGUCACAACUUGUUAUCAUAAACUCAAACCAAAACCUAUCAGGGUACCCAGCAGGCACUCAUGUCAAAGACAUAGUUACACACGUCUAUCUUCUUUUUGAAUCUCAGUUAGAAUCCUGUUCAAAUGUCAGGGUUUUUUAACCUCGCAUAAGCAAACACUUCCCAGGGGCGUAGCCAGCUUUUUGACUAGUUGUAGGUCUGGCUGAAUUUCAUUUUCAUAUUCCCUGAAAAUUGCACACAUGACUAGUACGUACUGACCUCACCAACACUUUGAGCUCUUAAGCUUUUUAGCUCACUCCAACAAUGCAUAAUUUAAACAGUGAUCAAACCAAAAACUGUAGGUCCUGCAGUCCUACAGGUCUAUGGGCUUGCUACGCCCCUGUUUCCCCAUUAAGAAGUAAUUUAAAACUUUGUUCAAAGGAUCUCUGAGGAAAAAAUGAUCUCUGGUUUGUACAAGUGGUUUGUGUUUUCCUUUAUUUUUCAGUUUUAAAAUCUCAACUACAAUGUACAUGUUUUCACCCACAGGAGCAAGUUGUUCUGUUGCUAAGGAUGGUAACAACUUUAAUCCUCAAUCACUUUUCCUUAUUUGCCUGGACUUUGUUGCCAAGAAUAUAACCAUGGUUGAAUCCUUAGCAGAGUUCCCAGAUAUUGUGGGUAAAGAACUAUUCCAUAAAGUUCAGGAGAAUGAAGGAUUUGCGUCCAAUGCCAAGAAUUUAAAGCUAUUUUGUGAGGCAUAUGGUGAACUUGUCUUAUCAAAGUUGUCUCUGUCAUCAAAACACAUUCUUGCAAAUAAUUACCUAGAGUUUCUGCAAUUCUUCACUUUCCUUACUGAAAUGGAUGUUAGCCAUUGUCGACUUGGGGAUAAUCAUGAGCUGCUGUCAUAUAUGUCUCAUUUUCAUUGGUGAGUCUGUGUGUGUUAAAGGAUUAGUACAUUAUUAUUUUAGAACACUUAGUAUAGUGACAAUUAAAGUUAUAGAAUGAGACUGAGUAGGAUGUGAAGAAUUAUGCAGAUAGAGAAGGAUGUUAUCUAUCAAGGCUGAAGGCCGAGGUGAUAACAUUCUCCAAGAUCUGCAUAAUUCUUCGCAUCUUAGGAGAGCCGAAUUCAGAAUAAUUACUGAAUUCAGCUCUCAUAAGAUGUGAAGAAUUAUGCAGAUCUUGGAGGAUGUUAUCACCUGGGCCUUGUUUUAUCGUUCAUUUAAGAUAUUGCUAAUUUCCGACUUAACAUACUUACCCCGUUGUAGACUUUUUUCAAAACUUUGGCUUAUUUCUAGGCAUGGCUUCACGAUAUAGACAGAUAUUUUAUGUUGCAAAUACUCCUCAAAAAGUGGAUAACAUCCAUCAAGCAAUAUGCUUUGCAUAUUCUUGCAUUUCUUUCAUUCAGGUUUAAGUCAGAAAUUCAGUGAUUUCAUCUUAGAAUAGCCGUGAAUGCCAUUUUUUAGUUCACUAUACCCAAGCAGCCUCAUUUCCACUCAAAUAUACCACAGGGUUCAUCAAAAGUAGCCGGCUGCUGGCGAAAAUGGCCGCCUAUUUGGUUAGUAUCAGUUCUCUGGCAUUUCUUUACGGAUGGUGCUUUUUAAAUAGAAUAUCACUGGACUGGCCACUUACUUUGACAAAUCAGCCGUCUACUUCAAAACUUUCUGACAACCAUGAUACCAACAUUGUUUCCAAUCAAAUAUACCAUCAAAUCGAUGGUAUAUUGCUUACAUCUUCCAAAUAUGGUAAGCGCCAGUUGGUUAUGAAGUAUUAGCCAGGGGAGUGGAGCCAAUCAGAAACAGCAAAAUAUUUUGAAUGAAUAAUGAGAUACAUAUUGCAUACUGGCAUUGCUUUUAUGUAAAGGAAGCUGUAUAAUGGUAACUCCUAUGCCACACACAAAUUACAGCUAUAAGUGGAGCCUGUUUUUAAUAGAGUAAAGCAGAUAAAAAAUGCGAUCACUCCACAUAUAGCUGAUUCAAUGAAGUUUGCUUUCGGAAUUGCACACUGGGAAGCCAUUGCUUGGUGGUCAGUCAAGCAAAAAGAAUAAUAUUGCAGUGAGUUCCAUACACCCAAAUGCCCAAUGCCCAAUUACCAAUGACGAAGUGCCAAAGAAACCAUCUAGAAUUAUGUAUAUAAUUUAUACAAGAACCUGUAAGUGAAUGAAACUCAUAUUGCCUUUAAGUAGGAUAUGUGUAAGGAUGCUUUUAAAAGCAUGCAUUGUACACUGUAGUAGACAUUUGAUUGCUGUGCCACAGCAAGUCAGUGUUAAGUCCUUUCUCUAUUCCCAGACAGUUAUUCUGAAGACAGACUCCAAAAUUCUGUAUUACAGUAUACUGAAAUUAAAAUAUAGUCCUUUUAUUUUUAAAGCACAACAAAGGCUAAUAGAAAGAUGCUUUGUUAACAGCCAAAAUAACUGCCACAGAAAUUACACGAAUGGGGUAUUUCUACAAAUACACAUGUUCAGAUCAAUUGAUCUAUGCAUCCUACGGGAUGCAUGCCAUGAGUUAUUUUGAAUCUUUGGAGAUUCUUCUGCAUCAGGGACGCAGCACGCAGGGGUAACAAUAUCACUGCGUAUAUGGGAGUAUGGUCCCCAACCCUGGUGAUGCUUCAAACUCACCUUGAAAUGGUAUUUUGAUGGAAACCCUUACUGAUGCAUACAAUAACAUAAUAUCAUUGUAAUUUUGUUCUUCCUCUAGGUUAAUCAAGUUGAGCCUCAAAGACAACUGCCUAUCUGAUACUGGUGUAAAAAAAUUCACAUUACCUAAGCGCCUCCUUAAAGAUGGCCUUGGAAAGCUUGCUGUUUUGGAUUUGGCAUCUAACCAUGACAUUACUGACAAUGCUGUCAAGCACCUCCUCAAGCUGACUUCCUUGACAGCUCUGAAUCUCUCUGGUACUCAGGUGUCUUUUCGAUAUGGGGUUCCGCAGCUUCUAAAGCAUAGAAAUUUGUGUCUAGCACCACAGGAUGUAAGUUUUACGUUUUAGGAUUAUUUAUAUAUUAUUUAAGGACUCUUUCACUGUUUGGGAUGCAUGCCCAAGAUGCGGCAAGGUGUCAUUACUCUCUUGUCAUUAAGAAAGGUACAGUGUGCCCCAAGCACUGCUUUCCCCGCCUUAAAAGGGGCAUAACUUUGAGCUGUUUUACAGGGUUUCAUGUCCCUGCUAAUUUUGACUGGAGCAGCAAGUCAACAUGGUCACCUCAUGUAUACAGUCAAAGUUCUGUCUUACACAAAUUAAUUAUUUUCACCCUUAUUUCAUGGGUCCGGAGCUUUCAGGCUUCUUACAAUAAAAUUUUUCUUUAAGCACAGCCUUACAUUACAUGUAGAUUGAUAAAAAAAAAGGUUCUUCACAAAAAAGAUGCAACAGGACCGGCUCAGUCGGCAGAGUGCUUGACUGCAGAGUGGAAGGUCAAGGGGGUUGAUCCCAGGGCAGGACCUAUACUUGGGUUUUCACUAGCGACAGAGUCAGAGCCAUAGUUGAAAGCAGAGAGUGCUUAUGACCUAGUGAAAAUCAAAAUUCGGAGUCAUAAGCGUGAAGGUUUCCAUUUUCUUCUGACUCUGCUUAUGACUCCAUCAUUUACGAUCAAGUGAAAACCAGAUUGUCGGGGUCGGAAGCAGAGGCAGAGGCAGAAGGAUGCCAAUGACAAUGCACAUUCCUAUGCUUUGUGAUCGGUUUAGUUCUUCUGCUUCUGCUUGUGACUCUGACAAUGUAGUUUUCACUUGAUCAUAAGUGAUGGAGUCGAAAGUGGAAUCUGAAUGCUGUUUUCACUAGAUCAUAAAGUCUUACGCUUCUGAUUAUGACUUGGACUCCGUCACUAAGUUCUGUCUGCAGUAGAAGAUGUAAAAAUAUUAUUUUCAGUAUUAAUACUUUCAUACCAAAACAUUGUCACUCAAGUAAAACACUUUUUUAUUCAGUUACUCAUAACAACCAGUCUGCCCAUUUUUGUUUUUACUAUAUAUUUUUAAUAUUUAUUUUUCUCAAAAUAGUUCAAUGAUGAAUUCAAUACUGGUAAAGCUUUCACAGUAACAGAAGGAUGGGCUGUUGAUGUUAUUAACGACUGGCUGAAAAAAUCCAAGUGCCUUGUUGCAAGCAGAAAAAGAAAUCCUUUAGAAGUGAGAAGGGGGACGUUUUACAAGUCAACACGAUCAGAAAUAAUACAGAAGUUAACAGAAAAAAGGAAAAACCACAGGGCCUGUGAACUUCCAGUCAUUAUGUUCACUUCAAAAAUUAAAAAGCGGAAUUGGUUACAAUCAAACACCAAAAACUGUUUGGAAGAUCACAAGCAAGAUGUUGCAAUGGAUGGUCAACCUAGUAAAAAGCUUAAAAUGAGCAGCGAUAAUGCAGACGCUUUUGGCACUGAGAGUGAAGAUGCUUUAGAGGACGAGUUGUUUAAAGAGUACUUAGUAUUUAAUUCUUCAAAUGUGUGCAAACCUCUUAAGAAACAAUGCUCUUUGUUGGAAUCUAUGGACUGUCUCAAUAAUUAG